AUCCAAUCCAGUUAAUUCAAUGCUGUUAAACCCGGGCUCCAUUUGGGCCCAAAUUGAAUCUUUAGUAGAAACCCUGCAUUUUCAGAGUCGGUGUUAUUUUGUUUCAGCCUCCCUACUCUUUUUCUGUUAUCACUUUCAUCUGAGCCGCGACGAAGUCUUUGUUUACGCAAGAAUGGCGGCAUCAAGAUUCUGGACCACUCCUGGCAGUGACUCUGAGGAAGAAGAUUCUGAUUAUGAUGAGGAGAUUGAGAAUGGGGGUGAGAAUGCUGAUGAACCAACCCCAAACAGAUACCUACGCGGGAAUAAUGCAAGUGACAGUGAUGAUUCUGAUGGCCAGAAGCGUGUUGUUAGAUCGGCAAAAGACAAGCGCUUCGAGGAGAUGUCUGCUACGGUUGACCAAAUGAAAAAUGCGAUGAAAAUUAAUGACUGGGUUAGCUUACAGGAGAGCUUUGACAAAAUAAAUAAGCAACUUGAGAAAGUGAUGCGUGUAACCGAGUCCGAAAAGGUCCCUUCACUUUACAUUAAAGCACUCGUGAUGCUGGAAGACUUUCUGAAUCAGGCUAUGGGAAAUAAGGAUGCUAGGAAAAAGAUGAGUAGUAGCAAUGCAAAGGCCUUGAACUCAAUGAAGCAGAAGUUGAAGAAGAACAACAAGCAAUAUGAGGACCUGAUUAAUAAAUAUAGGGAGCAUCCUGAGAGUGAGGAGGAAAAGGACGAGGACGAGGAGGAUGAAGAGGAAGAAGAAACAGACUCUGAGAUUGAGGAGGAUCCUUCCAAGAUUGUAAUGUCUGGAACUGAAGACGAGGAGGAUGAGGAAGAAGAUGAUAGGGAUAACCUAACUGAAGCGGGGUGGGAGAGGAAGAUGAGUAAGAGAGAUAAGCUCAUGGACAAGCAAUUUAUGAAGGAUCCAAGUGAAAUCACUUGGGAUACGGUGAACAAGAAAUUCAAAGAGGUUGUGGCUGCUCGGGGCAGGAAGGGAACUGGAAGGUUUGAGCAGGUAGAGCAGCUUACCUUUUUAACAAAGGUUGCUAAGACCCCUGCACAGAAGCUUGAGAUUCUUUUCAGCGUGGUUUCUGCUCAGUUUGAUGUCAAUCCAGGUCUCAGUGGGCACAUGCCUAUCAAUGUGUGGAAGAAAUGUGUGCAAAAUAUGUUUGUUAUACUUGAUAUUCUUGUGCAGUAUUCCAACAUUGUGGUUGAUGACAUGGUUGAAAUUGAUGAGAAUGAAUCCCAAAAAGGAGCGGACUACAAUGGGACUAUUCGGGUUUGGGGAAAUCUGGUGGCCUUCUUGGAAAGGAUAGAUGCUGAGUUCUUCAAGAGUUUGCAGUGCAUCGAUCCACAUACUCGUGAAUAUGUGGAAAGACUUCGGGAUGAGCCAAUGUUUUUGGUUCUCGCUCAAAAUGUCCAGGAUUAUUUAGAGCGCAAGGGAGAUUUUAAAGCUGCUUCAAAGGUUGCUUUGAGGCGAGUUGAACUCAUCUAUUAUAAACCACAAGAGGUUUAUGAUGCCAUGAGAAAAUUGGCAGAGCAGUCUGAAGAUGGUCAUACUGGUGGAGAAUCGGGUGAGGAGCCUAGGAUUGAAGAAAGCAGGGGUCCGCCUGCAUUUAUUGUUGUUCAAGAGAUUGUUCCUCGGAAACCAACUUUUCCAGAGAAUAGCAGGACCUUGAUGGAUAUUCUUGUCUCUCUCAUAUAUAAGUAUGGUGAUGAAAGAACAAAAGCCCGUGCAAUGCUCUGUGAUAUUUAUCACCAUGCUCUCUUGGAUGAGUUUUCAACUUCUCGUGAUUUGUUGCUAAUGAGUCACCUGCAAGAUAGCAUUCAGCACAUGGAUAUUUCAACUCAGAUACUUUUUAACAGGGCUAUGGCACAGCUUGGUUUAUGUGCAUUUCGUAAUGGACUGGUCACUGAAGGACAUAGCUGCCUUUCUGAAUUAUAUACCGGUGGAAGGGUAAAAGAGUUGCUUGCACAAGGUGUGGUGCAAAAUCGAUUUCAUGAGAAGACUCCAGAACAGGAAAGGUUGGAAAGGAGACGACAAAUGCCAUAUCAUAUGCAUAUCAAUCUUGAGCUUUUGGAGGCGGUCCAUUUGAUAUGUGCUAUGCUGCUUGAAGUGCCUAACAUUGCAGCCAAUGUCUAUGAUGCAAAGCGCAAGGUCAUAAGUAAGGCUUACCGGAAGGUGCUUGAAGCAAGUGAGAAGCAAACAUUCACAGGUCCACCUGAAAAUGUAAAGGACCAUGUAAUGGCUGCCACCAGGGCCCUCAUGAAAGGAGACUUCCAGAAGGCCUUUGAUGUUAUUACGUCCCUUGAUGUUUGGAAGCUCCUUAGAAACCGUGAGAAUGUACUUGAUAUGCUCAAGGUUAAAAUAAAGGAAGAGGCACUGAGGACCUAUCUGUUUACGUAUUACUCGUCCUAUGAUUCUCUGAGUUUGGACCAACUGACCAAAUUGUUUGACCUCUCAGAAGCGCAGAUUCACAGCAUUGUUAGCAAGAUGAUGAUCAAUGAGGAACUCCAUGCAAAUUGGGACCAGCCAACUGGCUGCAUUGUUUUCCAUGAUGUUGGACCCACUAGGCUGCAAGCUUUAGCAUUCCAGUUGACAGAGAAGUUGUCAAUCCUUGCUGAAAGUAAUGAGAGGGCAAUAGAGGCCAGGAUUGGUGGUGGUGGUGGAUUGGAUCUGCCACUAAGGCGUAGAGAUAAUCAGGAUUAUGCUGCUGGAACAUCUGCUGGUGGUAGAUGGCAAGACAACUUGUCCUUUGGUCAAGGAAGGCAAGGUGGCAGCACUGGGCGUACAGGAUAUAGCAGUGGAGGAAGAGCAUUUGCUUUUAACCAGGCUGCAGGUGGUGGGUAUUCAAGGGACCGAACUGGGUACCGCGGAACUGGACACAGCUCACGGGCUGUUAGAGGUUCUCAGAUGGAUUCUUCAACCCGCAUGGUGAGUCUGAACAGGGGGCUUCGUGCUUAAAGAAAUAUUGUAGUUUUUGACUCUUGGAGAGUACACAAAAUUUUUAACAUUCAGCGUUUUGUUUUAAAGCCUUUAUAUGUGAUUUUAGAUGAUUGUUCGACUGUUAGCUAUGUUAUUUUCGUUAUUUUGUAAUGGCCGGAGUUUUAUUUUAGAGCCUCACUUCAAGUUUUGAAUGUUUGAACA